AACGAAAGAAUCGAUCGAAAUAAUAAAGAAUGUAAAUACAUAUAAAUAGUUCAUCUCUUCUUCUUUUUAUGUUAAAGAGUGACUGUAAUGGAAGAUGGCAUUGAAUUAUAUAAUAAAUCAAUAAAUAUAUAUAUGUAUAAACCAAAGCUACCAUUACUCAAAAAUGACUAUGGAUCACGCUUGAACUCAUUAACUCACUGUCGAAAGUGCUCAAGUCCAUUCAGUAAGCCUACCACCUUAUCCUGUGGUUUCACUCUGUGCCAUGACUGUAUCCCGCAUGUGCCCUUUCAAUGCAUGUCAUUCACUUGCCUCCGAACACACCAAAACGAACAUCGAAACAGGCCAACAGUGUUACUAGAAGAAGUAAUCACUCAUUACCAACAAAAGAGCUUGAGUCGAUCGCUCUUUAACUGUUCCAUAUGCCUUUCUACACUACAAGAUCCUGUCACAACCCAAUGCGGGCAUACUUUUUGCAAGACGUGUCUCAUCAUGCUACAGAACAGAUCUUGUCCGAUAUGUAGGGCUAUACUUGGUCGUCUUGGUAAAGUCGAUCAGUGUUUGAGUAAUUGGUUAUCGUUCAUUUCUUCAACUGCUCCUACUUCUGCAUCCACUCAACCGGAUCAUUCGUUAUUGGUCAUCCAAUUAAAUACCCCAUCUACCAUUUUACCAGCCCAGCAAUGCUUAUUCCAUAUAUCGAUCCCAAAAAAGAGCACAGAUAUCCUCAAUUAUAUGUGUUCGCAUCCUGACAUAACACAUUAUGCCCUCUGCUUAUCUGCAAUAUCUAAAGACAUACAUGGGACUAUCAUUCAGAUCAAGCAUAUCGAUAUCCUACAUAACCUCGGUCGCUCCGUUAUUCAGGCCGUGGGCCUAUUUUGCGUUAGCGUAAACCAGCUAUCAUUUGAUGCAUUGAGUCGCUGCUACUCUGGAAAUAUCACCAAGCUGGAUAGGAAAUAUUCAUUUCCUGCUAUCAAGACAAAGUUACAAAACAGAAAAAUGGCAACCCCUGUUCUCAGGCCACACUCAAGAUCAAUGCAGUUGUUCAAGACAUCUCCUACAUUUAAACUGGCUGACAGCUACUUGCCUUUCACUCGUCCUACCUGGGGUUCUCCUAAAAGCAUGUUGAUGUCCGCUUGUUUGAGAAAUGCUACAAAGAAAUAACCAUUUUAAACUGCUUUUGUUUUACAGAUAAUGCUUAUGCAUCUAUGUUUAUAAAUCUAUAUGAUCUCAAGCAAACCCUUGCUCAUCAUAGCCUUUCCUUAUUUGUCAACAAACAAAUAAACUUCACACAGAU